AUGAGGCUGCCUCGAAGAGUUCCCUGGUCGUCUCCUGCAGAAUUGGAGCAACUCUGCGCGUCUAUUUACGGAGAUGAAAAUGACAUAGACUCCAAGAUAUUUGCAAUAAAUAGAAUUUCUGCAUGGAAAGUAAUAACAUCGUUACCCCACGCUCUGGAGUCAACUCUUGCUAUUCUCGUCGUCAUUGUCCAUGACAAGAGGCAGGAAUCUUUCUCAAAACUUCUUUUGCGGCAGAGUUAUGCAAAUGCUAUACUCAGACUUGUCAACGGGCUCGUUGACCCUCUGCAAGUGGGCACGUACGCUAGGUCAAUUACCUCCAUAGCCCAGCAGCUCGGGAUUCCGAACUGGUUAGUAGAACUUCGACACGCCUCUACUCACGAGGAUCUUCCGAGUCUUGAUCUUCUACGAGAGGCUGCAAGGCAGUCAAUGGCCUGGUUGCUACACAAUUAUUUCCUCCCCACUAUCAACCCCUUAACGAAUGCAUUGCAUUCGUCUAGCACUGUCAGGCCGCUAUCUCCAAUGCUAAAGAUGUACAGAAAUACUAUGAAAGUCGUUACAAGAGACGCGUCUCUCGUUUCGCAAUACAAGUCUAAGCUUGUCAACUUGAUGAGAGACAUAGAACGAUGGAUAGCUGAGACUAAAGUCGUUGCAAAUAUUUCUUCUGCAGAAUUUGGUUGGAUAGGACAUUCGUCGGUUGACAGCAUUCCCUUGGAUGAAGAUGUCAAAGAGGUAUGGGCUUUGGAAAAAUUCUGCGACGCUCUGGCAGAAAAGGGAAUGCUCGUACCGUUGUCCAGAAAGAAGCGCCAGUACUCCACUGAUACGUUGACUCCUUCAAAGACUUCCAUUGCUCUAUGGGAUCCACUCAUAGAACACGUGCAAGCCAUCCAUCCCGACUUCUCUUAUGUCUUCUGCCGACGAUUUUGCUCGAUACUCAUAACAUCUAUCUCAAGAGAUGACGUACCUCAAACCACGGAAACCAAAAAUGAUCCAUCUUAUCAAGAUUAUAUAGCUUGUUGGGUGGUAUGGAUGAUUCAAAUUUGGCGGGAAGAUACACCUACACAUCUAGACCUCAAACGUUACGUCGUAUCGGUGCUCAUGAAAGGACUAGGUCAUGAAGUGGCAGAUUUGCCAAGCCGUUCAGCAAUUGUUACAUUACUCAAGAAAAUUUCAGCUGGACAACGUGAACUUGAAAUGAUGACCCAAUUAAUCAUCAAUCGACCAAAAGCAUCGGUCAUGGUCUGGAAGCCGGACGAUCUAGAAGUAAUGAAGGAAAGGCACAAUAUACUCCAAUCUUAUGAAUCUUUCCAAGCAACAUCAAAUAGCACAGAACCGGCUGCAACAACAUCUCAACAAAUUUCGAUUCCCGGCUGGCAUGCUAUGGAUGAGAAUGCCUGGCGGCCGUGCCCGAUUGGAGUUUAUAAAGAAAAUAGAUAG